AUGGGGGAGGGGGCUGCAUACUCUGAAACUGGUCUCACGAGAGGCACCGGGGCGGUGCGAGAGGCACCGGGGCGGUGCGAGAGGCACCGGGGCGGUGCGAGAGGCACCGGGGCGGUGCGAGAGGCACCGGGGCGGUGCGAGAGGCACCGGGGCGGUGCGAGAGGCACCGGGGCGGUGCGAGAGGCACCGGGGCGGUGCGAGAGGCACCGGGGCGGUGCGAGAGGCACCGGGGCGGUGCGAGAGGCACCGGGGCGGUGCGAGAGGCACCGGGGCGGUGCGAGAGGCACCGGGGCGGUGCGAGAGGCACCGGGGCGGUGCGAGAGGCACCGGGGCGGUGCGAGAGGCACCGGGGCGGUGCGAGAGGCACCGGGGCGGUGCGAGAGGCACCGGGGCGGUGCGAGAGGCACCGGGGCGGUGCGAGAGGCACUGUGGCGGUGCGAGAGGCACCGGGGCGGUGCGAGAGGCACUGUGGCGGUGCGAGAGGCAGCGGAGUUAUGUUCGUGUGACCGGAAUGUGCAGUCGCCCAUCCAGUGA